UGACGUCUACGAUACGAAGGUGGCUGAACGCUACAAUACCUUCUACAAGUGGUCGAGUCGGUAAUGGCGGAUGGUUGAUGUUUCGCGUCUCGUAGUACUAUUUAUAACCUAAAAUAUAGUAGAAGUUUUCGGCGAUAUGUACGAUAACGUUUCUUGGUUGUGUGGUUUGUUGCCGUUAAUUUUCAGAAUUGUGCCAAUGACGUACGAACACUACAAAGGCUGAAAGUAUCCUCGUAGAUGAUAAUCAGUGAAAUGAUAUUGCACACAAAAUUUUGACAUUCAAACUGCUGAUAUUUCGUAUUCGUCGCAAGUAAGGCCAUUUAAUAAACACUAAUCUAUUUUUAAACGUUUAGUAAUUUCUUUACACUUUGGGAACAAUCUUAAUUCAGGGUAGAGAAUGGUGCAUGCUGAAACAACGUCAAGGUGCGGACAGUGGACAUCAGUGUGUAACUAACCAUGCAUGCGGUGUACAUAGUAUAAUACGGAAACCAGUUACCUAAAGGCUAUGCACACCUGAACUCCAAAAUGACUGAGAGAAGGAAGAAAAAAACCCACAAUGGAUUUCUACGGAAAGUGUCUUCCUUAUUUAAUCUUGAUACGGUACAUUCUACAUCACCUGAAAUGAAGCAGUUACAGAUAAACGGCAUAGAGGGUGGUGGCACAGAGCACAGCCAAGAGGAUGGCUACACGUACCUGUCUGUGGUGCUGUCGCGGGCGGGCGGCGCGGGGCUCGGCUUCAGCAUCGCCGGGGGCUCCGACAACCCGCACGUGGCCGACGACCCCCACAUCUACGUAACAAAGCUUAUACCGGGCGGGGCGGCCGCCGCUAGCCAGUUACAAAUCAAUGACGCCAUAUUACAGGUUAAUGACACAAAUGUAGAAAACGUAACACAUGCUGAAGCAGUUGAUGCGCUGAAAAAGGCUGGAAACACUGUGAGACUGAAAAUAAAACGGCGAGCAACAGAAGACACGCUAAACAUAACACAACCCACAAACAAAGAAGAUGGCAUUGAGAUCGAGUUAGUAAAAGGGGGUUCCGGCUUGGGUUUCAGUAUAGCGGGGGGGCUCGGCAACCAGCAUAUCCCAGGGGACAAUGGGAUCUACGUCACGAAGAUCAUGGCCGGUGGAGCCGCACAUAGGGAUGGAAGGCUCAAGGUUGGCGACAAACUGCUCAUGGUCAAAAACACUUCUCGUGGUGAUGUGGACCUUGAGAACGUGACCCAUGAAGACGCCGUGAGUGCGUUAAAGGCUACCGGAGAAAGAGUGGUUCUAGUGCUGGUGCCGGGACCCAGGCAUCCGCAGCCUUCCAGGCCUACCACACCCUCGAGCACCGCCAAUUCAGUGCGGCGAGAAGACGCCCCCGACGGCGCGGACGAGCCGACGCGGGUGGUGGAGCUGGAGAAGGGCGCGUCGGGGCUCGGCUUCAACAUCGUGGGCGGCGAGGACGGCCACGGCAUCUACGUGUCCUUCCUGCUGGCCGGCGGGCCCGCCGAGCGCUCCGCGGCGCUCCGGCGCGGCGACCGGCUGCUGGCCGUCAACGACGUGGACAUCACGCACGCGACGCAUGAACAAGCUGCCAAGGCACUGAAGAGCACCGGGCAACAAGUAAAACUGACUGUGGUGUAUCGGCCACAAGAAUACAACAAAUUCGAGGCUCGAAUCAAUGAGCUCAAACAGCACCACACACUUCUGAGGACGUCUCAAAAGAGGUCUUUGUAUGUGAGAGCAUUGUUCGACUAUGACCCAGCGAAGGACGAUGGCUUGCCGUCCAGAGGGCUGCCAUUCCGGUACGGAGACAUAUUGCAUGUCACCAACGCCUCAGAUGACGAAUGGUGGCAGGCCAGAAGGUUAGACAAUACCGACCCGGACGCGAUUGGUAUAAUUCCUUCGAAACGGCGCUGGGAACGCAAACAGCGGGCACGGGACAGACAAGUCAAGUUCCAGGGACAAGGAACACCAGUCAGCGCGAGUCAGUCGACCCUUGAGAGACAAAAGAAGAAGACGUUGUCAUUCAGCAGGAAAUUCCCAUUCAUGAAGAGUCGAGAGGACGGCAAAUCUGAAGACGGUUCGGAUCAAGAACCUUUCAUGCUUUGCUACACGCAGGAGGACGCAAACGCGGACGGUCAAGAUGAGACUGUGUUGUCGUAUGAGACGGUACAACAAUUGACCAUCAACUACACCCGACCUGUCAUUAUCCUCGGACCGCUGAAAGACAGAAUAAACGACGACCUGAUAUCCGAAUUCCCGGAUAAGUUCGGCAGCUGCGUACCCCACACGACUCGACCUCGACGCGACUACGAAGUCGACGGGCGUGACUACCACUUCGUGGCGAGUCGCGAACAAAUGGAGAAGGACAUUCAGAACCAUCUCUUCAUUGAAGCUGGACAAUAUAACGAGAAUUUGUACGGCACAUCCGUCGCUUCAGUGCGGGAAGUCGCAGAGAAGGGCAAACAUUGCAUUUUGGACGUGAGUGGAAACGCCAUCAAAAGGUUACAGGUGGCGCAGCUUUACCCGAUUGCCAUAUUUAUCAAACCAAAGAGCGUAGAAUCUAUUAUGGAAAUGAAUAAGCGAAUGACUGAAGAACAAGCAAAGAAAACAUACGAACGAGCAUUGAAAAUGGAGCAAGAGUUUGCCGAAUAUUUCACCGCCGUGGUGACGGGCGACACUCCGGAAGAGAUCUACGCGAAAGUGAAGGCCGUGAUCACGGCGGAGAGCGGGCCCGCCGUGUGGGUGCCGCGCCGCGACCCGCUGUGAGCGCCUGCCGGUACUCAUGUAGCCCGGUGCCCGCCGGUCAUUUACAAUAUUUAUGAGAGAAUACCGCUUUUGUAGCGGUGAGUCGAAGUUAUUUCAGGGGAUAUACUCGAUUAAUUGUCUUUAUGUUCUCGAUAAAUUAUCUUACGUUACUCAAAUAUGUUGGUCUUUUUAUUGAUAUAGUUUCAUUAAUUCACCAAAAGAAUCCUUUCACCGGAAACUUUUAACUUUAACGAGACGUCUCAAAUUCUCACUUGACGGGGUCAGCUUUUCUCCCUUUAUGAAAAAAGAUUUCCUAUAUUCUUUUAUCGAAAAUAUCGUCUGAAAUCAUCUCGACUCACAAUACAUAAAAUUAUUGUUACAUGUUAAACAUUAGCCAAUCACAGCAAAAUAAUGAAUACUUAUUUUGGAUUGGUUGAUGAGAUGUCAAAUUGUGAAGAACGACUCCCUUUGCACCGCAUUUUAUCUAUUUUAUUUUUACGGUUGAGAUUGCUCUUAUAAUUUUAGUAUUAAACUAAAAGUGUGAAAUACCUAUAUGUACUACUCUGUCAAGAAAGUAGCAGGAAAAGAUCAAUAAUACACAAACUGUUUGUUAUUCAUCCAAAUUUAUUUUAUCACCUUCAAAAUAUGCUCCUUUAGAAACGAUACACUUACGCCAACGAAUAAUCCAAUCAUCAAAACAUUUUUUAAACGCUGUUUCCGGAAUUGAGGUCAGUUCUCGCCGCGAAUUCUCUUUUAUGUCUUCUACCGAUUGAAAACGGGUGCCACGAAGUGGUAAUUUGAGUUUAGGAAAAAGAAAAAAGUCGGCUGGAGCCAUAUCUGGUGAAUAUGGUGGUUGCUCGAUGGUAUUUGUUGAGUGUUUGGUUAAAAAUUCGUUCACAAUGAUGGCCUUGUGCGAAGGUGCAUUAUCAUGGUGCAAAAUCCAAGAAUUUUCUUUCCACAAAUCUGGCCUUUUUCGUCGGAUUUGCUCUCUUAAACGCCGCAUAACACUCAAAUAAUAUUCCUUAUUUACCGUUUGACCUUCCGGCAAGAAUUCCGAGUGCACAACACCGCGAUAGUCAAAGAAAACAGUCAACAUGACUUUGACUUUUGAACGACUUUGGCGUGGUUUUUUCGGUUUCGGUUCAGUUGGAAGGCGCCACUCCGAAGCUUGUUGACUAGUUUGCAUGUCAAACUCGUAAACCCACGUCUCGUCACCAGUAACAAUGCGUUUCAUGAAUGUUGGGUCGGAAUUGACUCGUUCUAGCAUGUCCUCAGCGACUCUCAUGCGAUUGAGUUUUUGAAAAAAAUUCAGGUCUUUUGGGACUAGCCGAGCGGCAACAUGUUUCAUACCCAAAUUAUUAGUUAAAUUGGUACGGAUCGACUCGUGAGAUACAGAAAGUUCGGUGGCUAUCUCUCUCAAAGUUGAAUGAGGAUUUUCAGUCACUAUUUCCUUCACUUUUGCGAUGUUAACUUCAGUUGCAGACGUUGAUGGCCUACCAGAGCGAGGCAAAUCUUCCAUCACAUCUCGACCGCUUUUGAACGCUUUGUACCACUCAUAAGCACGAGUUUUUGAUAAAGUCGAUUCACCGUAAGCCUUCUGUAACAUUUUCAGUGACUCCGAACACGAUAUUCCAUUGGCAAUGCAAAAUUUAAGACAAACUCUUUGUUCGAUGUUUUUAUCCAUUAUGAAAUUAGCAAUACACACUAGAUAUGAUAUAACUAAAAAUAGCACUGUAUUUAAUGUAAACAACAGAUGCAACUCAAACUCCGCGCCAAAAUGGAAAACAGUUGUGCCAAUCUAACAACAACAAAAAAAAACAAAAAUUUGAAUUUGGAACCAUAAAUAAAUAAUCCAUUCCCGAUACUUUUCUGACUGAAUGUAUAUCGGUUGCUAGCGGCAUCCGGCGGGCAACGUGUUUUUAUUGUUAAUGUAGAAACAUACGACUAUUAUCUGACCCGUGACUUUUACUAUAGAGAAUUCACGAACGUUGACAAGGCAUAUCUAUAGCUCUAAGCUGAGGUUCACCGCAGCGUAAGAGAGAGAUGGGUCAUAAGACAUGUUCGUGAAUAAGGGUACAGGUAAAGUCUCGGGGAGGUUAGCAGAAAAGAUUCAUAUCAAGUGUCCGGGUUAGAUAUUUGUGUCGUGCAUACCUUAGUGCCUCGAGUCCGCUCAUGCGACUGCCCUGUUCGUUCUCGUUCGUGUAUGCGUUUUCACUUGUCAAAUGUCUGGUGUAGAAUAGCUUGAUCGGAUAAGCAUUUACCUAAAUUUUUUAAUAAAAGUUGUCUAAAAUAAUAUAUGAAUUUAUUCUGUGGGUCUAUUCAGAAACGUUGACAAGGCAUAUGUUUUAUGUUCCCUCUUACUCUGUCUUGGGUUAACCUCAAUUACAGAAAUAGAGAGAUGAUAGGACAUUAUGUCUUAAUGAAUAGACCCGCUGUUUGUCCAAGUUAUCUUAAUAUGAAAAGCAGGUACCUAUGAGAGCUAAAGAAGUUAUCACUGUACGUGUUUAGUAUGCCAGUUGUAACACAGUGUGUAAAGUACAAGUACAUUUUAAUUUGAUGCUAGUUAAAACAAACGAAACGCGUUUGUUUGAUUAUUGGAGAACGUUCCUCAUAUUCUACAAAAAACAGAUCUAUUUACUAAGUGAAAAUGCACAAUAUGUAAACAUUUUUGAUGUCUGUCUUUUACUAAACCUCGUUAAACUAUCACAAACAAAAGUUUAUGUAUUUUUUCAAGAUAACUGCAUCGAUAUUCAUAUAGUUAUAUUCUAUCGAUUUUGAUUAUCUCCACUGAACAUUGAACAAUUUUUAUGUUUACUUUAUUUUUAUAUUUGACUAAAAUCGGUAUUAAAUGAAUAUCGAUGUAAGGUUAUUCUACUUAUAGUUUCGAGAACGAAAGUAUAUCCAGUGCCAUAACUACGAUUGUGCCAGCGGUGCCUAGAUACAAAAAUUAUUUUUUAUUUGCCGCCUUUACCAAGGACACGCGCAUAAACCGCUAGUUACGGUACUGUGACUAUCAUAAUUAUGUGUUUCGGUCACAAAUAAGAGUAGUGAGUGACAGACGUUAGCGUCUCCCGAUAGCAAUAAAUCCUAGUAGAGCGACGCGUGGUCUUGAACUUACUGAAGCAUUUUAUGUAAUAGCGUUGAAUACUGUGGUUGAUGUCAUCUGGGCAUCUGUUGUCCAAAUGCCCGCGUACAAGAUUUAUCAAAUACUCCGCGUAAGUAUGCAAGGAAUUCGGCGCUAGUGCAGUCGUAAGCUAAGCAAUACGAUCGACGUCGCUUCCGACGCGACGCUCUGCGCUUAGAUAGUCAUUUAUUUAAAUCGUGUCUAUAUAGGUUCAGUCUGAUUUAACAUCGCUUGUUAGAAAUCAAAUCAGAUUUCAUUUAGCAUAAUAAAUUAUUUAAACUUCUAACUUAAUGUAAAUUUUAACUAACGCGUAAAUUGUUGAGCAGGGCGCUAUUGUUACAUAGUUAGCAUUCACAGUAGAACACGCUUAUGUUUAACGUGCAAGCAACUAGCGGCCAUGUUUCGCCGAACGCUAUGUGUACAUGAAAUUGUUAAUUUAAUUAUUUAAUAAAACAUUUUAUCGUGCUUCAAUUAACUAUGUAAAUUGUAUAAUAAAUAAAAAUUAAAAACGAUAUUACGCAAUAUAUUAAUUUUUACUAAGGUUGCUAGAACGUUUUGAAUCUUCAUCAUCGUUAAGAGUUUAAUAAUAAUGCAGAUAGUUAUUAUAUGAGACGAUUACGGCGCACCGGUGAUGUUGAAAUGCUGUACUUAUAUCUAGUUGUAUACAUAUGACGCUGUGUAGUCGAACCCACCUCACGCAUGGCUAGGAUAAGUCUUCGUAAUCAGAAUUAUUUGCUCAAGCAGCAAUCUGUAACCAUUGAAUCUCAUGACAUGCACACCUGAACCCUUGACACACUAGACGAGGUGCAAAGUUGUUUGUUGAUCAUUUUUAUAGUAAGCAAUUGUGUUAUAUGGUGUGAAAUGUCUCACCAAUUAAAUAGUGUUUGACAUUUAUUUAUUGAGAAUUUUAUUUUCUUACGGAAAUAGAGUGCCCAUCUGCAAAUAUGGCGCUAAACACAAACGGCCACAUGUGACAUUCUAUUAUUCAACAUAUUUAAUUUACGACAUUUUAGUGACGAAUUUACAAUUGAUUGAUACAAGAUAUUAACAUGUAAAGAAUCUUUUCGAAUACUUUUUAUUAUGUACAGUACAGGUAUUAUUAUAAUAUAUUCUUGUGUACUUAAUUAUUGAUUUGAUACAGUAUAUGUAUAAGGGUUUUAUUACAGCAUGACGAAUAGGUAAAUUGAUUUGGGCCUUUGGGGAAUCAUAACCAUAACACUAUUUUCAUUUUGAAUGGGGUACCAAAGAUAUUAAUCAUUAAAUAACACGAUUGUCUUGGUCAUAUUAAAAUUGUUUAAAAUGUGCUGGUUUUGAUUCACUCAAAACUUUGUUUUAUGUAAAUAAUCAACAUAUUUUUUUAAUUUAUUCUACAUUGAUGUAAUAACAUUAUUUUAAAUAUGAGAAUGUUUUAUUUUAAAAGCUAUUUAUUUUAUGAUUAAGUAGGUAUUCUUAUGUAAUUAACAUGUGUGUUAAUCUGUGUAAAGUAUUUUAGUGUAAUUAUGUCUUUUUAAUCUCUAGUUAACAUAACACGUUUAUUAUUGGACAACCAUAUUUGCAGAUGUACAAUGUUUAUGAGUUAGUGAUGUUCAAUAGAAUAGUUUUAAUAAAAUUAUUUACGUUGAAAAUUCAA